AUGAUUCGGUCAGAACGCAAUGACAUUUUGCUGGUCCUACAAAAACUUUGGUUGCUACAAGCACAUAUAGAUCGUGAAUGUCACAACUGGUUUACAACAAUACCUAAUUCUGUAUUUGAAUUGACGUCACUCAAAUCAAUCAGCAUGUAUAGCAAUCAACUUCAAUCUAUUCCAAAACGUUUGGUUAAUCUUGAAUACAUAAAUUUCAAUCAUAAUUGCAUUAAUGCACUAAAUGACUCAAUAUCCAAUUUAGCCCAUUUGAAAUACUUGUCGAGUUCUCAUAAUAAAUUGACGACACUACCAGAGUCAAUGUGUUCAAUGCUCAACAAAUUAGAAUAUUUAAAUCUAGGUUAUAAUCAUAUUUUGACAUUGCCAUUUAAUUUUGGUCUACUACAAAAUAUGAAAACACUUCUUUUACAUAAGAACUUUUUAACACGAUUACCUGAGACAUUCGGGCAACUGAAAUCACUAACAGUUUUAGACUUGGCUGGUAAUAACUUACAACUUUUACCAUCCAACUUUACACAGUUGAAAUUAAAGGAAUUCUACGCUGAAGCUAAUCCAUUCACACGAAACGCUUUAUUUACUUCAACGUAUAAAGAAAAUGUUUUAACAUUGAAAGAAAUUGCCUUACGAAAAUUAUCCCGUUUAGGAUUUAUUGAUAUUGGUGUUAGCAAUCCUUGGUUAGAAAGUAUUAUAGGACCAAAACAAUGGCAAACAGCUGGAUUUUGUGCUCUAUGUAAAAAUCCAUUUGUAACUUGGUGGUUAGAAAGUGUCCGAUUUAUCAAUCGUAAAGAAUUAAUUAUCUCUAAAAAAUCUCAGUUGAACAAAGCAUCUCCAGAAGUAUUAUAUCCGUUAAGGACUUUAUUUUGCAGUUAUCACUGCUUAAAUUCAAGUAAAAAUUGUUACGAAUUAAGUGUUGGUUAAUGUUUCGUCGUAACGAAUUUACUCCUAGUGAUGACGAAGAAAAUUUCAAGCUCAGAAGGAAGAUUUAGUGUCAUGUGUACAAUUGAACUGGAUGCUUUAUUCAUGAAGUAUUCACUGCCUUCCUAGGCAAUAUCAUCAUUAAAUUCUUCUAUAAUAUGUAACUUGUUUCAAAAGUAUAUGCUGAUGUUAUUGUCCAGAAAGACACUGAAAACUUCAUAACUAAAUCAUACAACUCAUUGAACACAACACUUUCAAAUUAAUGUCAGUG